AAAAAGGAUUCGAAACAGAAUGAUUCGUUCAACCGUCAUCAUUUUAUUAAUAGCAAGUUUUACUUGUCUUAUGGCCAAGAAGUCUAAUAUUCCUAUACAAUUUACUAGUGCUGGUCAAAUGUAUAUUGAAUAUCAAAAACUGGACUUCUUCUUGAAUCAAAAUUUAUCCUUAUCCAUUAAAGAUGAUAUCUGCGCAACAAUUAUUGAUUUUACACGACCUACACCAGAAGAGAUUAAAACAAAAACUGGUCAUCGUAAUGUAACUGAGUAA